AUGGAUGAGCCGGCGAUACCUGGCGCUUUCCCCACUGCACCGGAGGAGACCGGCGUCAGCGGCACCAGAACACCCAGAAGACGAUUUGUGGGAAGGCGCACAGCGGAGGCGCAGGCGAAGCAGAGGUACGAUGCAGAGGCCAACUCAGCGGUCGAGGAGACCACCGCCAUCGUCCAAAAGCCGACGAGAAGAACACCCCGAGCCUUGAACCAGGUACCCUCUGAUAUUCUCGAUGACCCCGAUAUUCAAGCCGCGAUCGCACUGCUACCACAGAAUUACAGCUUCGAGAUUCCCAAGACCAUCCACCGCAUACGUACACUACAGGCGAAGAGGGUCGCUCUGCAAUUCCCUGAAGGCUUGCUGAUGUUUGCGACAACAAUAUCAGACAUCCUGACCCAAUUUUGUCCCAGCACAGAGACCUUGAUCAUGGGCGAUGUCACCUAUGGCGCGUGCUGUAUUGAUGACUACACUGCAAGAGCCUUGGGCUGUGACUUGCUUGUCCACUAUGCUCACAGCUGCUUGAUCCCGGUGUCAGCUACCAAAAUUGCAACGCUGUACAUCUUCGUGGAUAUCUCGAUUGACACCAAGCAUUUGGUGACCACGCUGUCGAGGAAUAUCCCUCCCGGGAAGACAAUUGCCAUGGUGGGUACCAUUCAGUUCAACUCCACCCUACAUACAAUCAGACCUGCUCUUGAAGCCGAGGGCUUGAAGCUGGUAGUGCCGCAAGUUAUGCCGCUGAGCAAGGGCGAGGUGCUCGGUUGUACUGCUCCCAAGAUCACUUCAGAUGCAAACGUGGAUCUCAUCCUAUACUUGGGAGACGGUCGCUUCCAUCUUGAAGCUGCUAUGAUCGCGAAUCCUGACAUUCCAGCUUACCGAUACGAUCCUUACUCGCGGAAGCUGACCAGAGAAACAUACUCGCACGACGAAAUGCUGGACAUGCGGUCUACUGCAAUCAACACCGCAAAGAGAGCAAGAAAAUGGGGUCUGAUACUGGGGGCGUUGGGGCGUCAGGGCAACCCUCACACUCUGACCAUGCUCGAGAACUACCUGACCCAACAAGGCAUCUCAUAUGUGAACCUCCUCCUAAGCGAGAUCUUCCCCGGAAAGCUGGCCAUGUUUGAGGACGUGGACUGCUGGGUGCAGAUAGCCUGUCCGCGGUUAAGCAUUGACUGGGGUUACGCAUUUCCGCGACCGCUUCUGACGCCAUACGAAGCUCUCGUGGUACUGGGUGCGCAGCAAGGAUGGGAAAAGGAAGGCGGGACUUAUCCAAUGGACUUCUACGCCAACAAUGGCCUCGGAAGGACAACCGAAAAGCUCGCUGCCCAGGUCAGUGUAAGCGCUUGA